AUGGAGAACGAAGAUCCUUCCUCCGUCCUAUCCCAACUCGGAUCCUUCGCGUUGACGGAAGUGUUCAAGGAUCUAGGCCUCGACCUCGAACGUGAUUCGCUUUCGUCCGUCCAAUCCCAGCUCGGGUUAGGCGGAGCUAAUAGGGGUUCAGCCUCGGGUGGGGAUGGACUGAGUAAGGAUUUGGUGUAUGAUGGCAAAUUCGUCGAUGAGGAGGAGGAGGAAGGGGAAGGGGUGGGUGGUGGUGAGGAGGAAGAGGAUGAGGAAGACGAUGAGAGCCAAGUCGAUGAGCACGAUUUGGAACGACAGGUCGAUCAGGAGAUGUACGACGAGUCACACACCACCUUGCCACUUUCUACUCCUGCACUGACCACCAGUGGGAAACCGACCACCAGUUUGGUCAGAGGGGAGGAGGAUGACUUUGAUGAAGAAGAGGACGACCAAGAGCCGGCGACCGACUCGAUGAUCACCGGCAAGAACGACGUCGAGAUGGCUCACUCGGACUCGGGGGAGCACAACUUGCUCAAAUCCGUCAAGGCCGAACCCAUCGAUGACGAGCACACCACCACGAGCAUCGCACACGAGCCACUCGCGACCAUUCCCGAGGUCGAACCCACCCCGCUCCUCGAUCGACUCGGGCCAACACCCGCACCCGCACCCGCACCCGCACCCGCACCCGCACCGGCGAUCUUUCCAUCUACGACCAUCGACCCUACCCCUUCGACCUCUACCGCCCCACCCGCAGCGACAUCAUUCGCAUCCAUGCUGGAUCCGAUCCCCCUCUCGAUGAUGCCGAUCGCGCCACCGAUGCCCCAGUACUCGGUCAAGGAACUGUUCCCCUCGUUCGAAUACGGCCAUACCCUAGACUUUACCGACCUAUUCGCUGUUAGGCCAAGAAAGAGGGCCAAAAAACUCGUUUCCGUACCUCAAUGUGAGUAACCGAAACCUUAACCUCAGAACGACCCCACUCGAUUGACUCAUCUCAUUUCGUCCUCUUUUCCCCCCCAAGUCACCCUCCCGCCGGAGCAAGAGAUUAGAAAAUCCAAAUCGACGCGCGACACCCUCGUACAACCUAUGAAACCACUGCCACCGACGAGUCAUCUCAAGCAAUUGUUGAGCGAAUGUCAGUACAAGGAGACGGAGGAAUGGGAGGAGGAAGGGGAUAGUGAAGACGAAUUGUACAAGGCGAUCGAGGUGAGUUCUCGUUUGUUCCAGCGAAUGAGAUGAGGAAUUGACGAAAAGGCCGUUGUCUUUUUUUUGGGGGGGUGGCAGCGCUCGAAUCGAAUGACGAUUUCAAAAUGGAAGAUCCCUGAUUCGAGUCAUGGGUUCGAUAACGCCGAGUUGGACGACUGGGAGGACAAGAUCAUCUGGGGACCUGAUACCGCGUGAGUAUGCGAUCGAUAGGAAGUCACCUCGGUAGAUCACCCUUUCUGAGCUUCGCAAGCAUCACAGACCCCGAACUUUGAUUCAUGAUCCUCUUGCGCCUCGUAAUAUCGACUUUGAACGAGGCGACUGGACCAAAUCGAUCAUUUGGGAUGCCUCAAAGCCGUACAAGGACUUUACCCGACUCAACCUCAACCUCAACGAUCGACAAAUGAUCCUCGAAGUGCAAACACCGACUUUGACGAACUCUGCGACCGCAUCCGAUGAAGCCACGGAAGCAACACCGAUCGGUCUAGUGAUUGAGAAAGAACCUGGUUUGGAUCCUUUCAACAUCUCGAACGAUCGCGAAUACGUCGUUACGAAGGACGCGAAGCAAAAGAUUCGACAGACUUUCGGCUCACUCGAAGUACAACAUGCUCACCCGGCAGCCAAGUUGCAGUUACCUUUCUACAAGACGCGCAUGACGAAGAACGAUAUGCGUUCCUUCCAUCGACCGACGUUACAGUUCCCUCAGAACGUCCCUUUGUCGUUCGACAAGUCACGUUCAUCCAAGAAGAAGAAGGACGCGUUGGGUAAAAAAGUCAAGGGGAACGAAUUGAGGCACAUGAUCGACAUCACGCUCAAAGAUACUUCACCUUUCGUCUUAUGGGAAUAUUCCGAAGAGACGCCACCUAUCAUUUCUAACGUUGGGAUGGGUAGCAUCAUCGUCAAUUAUUACCGCAAACGGGAUCCGACCGAUAGUUUCGUUCCCAAUCUCGAUUUAGGCGAACCUCUCAUUCUCGAAGGAACGGACGAAUCACCAUUCAAAGCAUUCGGUUACGUUCAUCCAGGUCAAACCGUUCCCGCAUUAUACAACAACCUCAUCCGCGCUCCACUAUUCCGUCACCGUCCGCCUACGACCGAUUUCCUCAUUUGUCGAGUCACGAUCGAAGGUGAAACCAAGUACUACAUUCGCGAAAUCAAGAACAUGUUCGUACUAGGUCAAACGUACCCCUUGAACGAAGUUCCGGGACCUCAUUCAAGGAAGGUGACUACGUUGGUCAAGAAUCGAUUACAAAACAUCACCUUCAAAUUGAUCGAGAAGAACCCGCAUCAUCGAAUCAAGGUACAUCGAUUGACGAGGUAUUUCCCCGAUCAAAAUGAUUUACAAAUGAGGCAAAGGUUGAAGGUAAGUAGUGACUUGGGGAAAAGAAUCUUUCGAAACCCCAAGAAAAUCUCCAAGUGAGAAACUUCGCUGACUCGAGAGGGAUUUUUUUUGUUCGAGGGUGUUUUUAGGAAUUCAUGGAAUUCAAUCGAAAAGGACCGAACCAAGGUUUUUGGAUGAUCAAGAAAUCGGUCGCCGUUCCCGACGAUGCAGAGAUGAUGAAACUCGCCACUCCCGAAAUGGUUUGUCUAGCCGAAUCGAUGCAAGUCGGAUUACGUCACCUCCAAGACGCGGGCUACGGUGCCGCGGCCGAAGAAGGUGGAGCGGGUGAUGAUGAUUCGAAACUUGAUAUCGAACAACAAUUGGCGCCUUGGAUCACGACCAAGAAUUUCAUCAACGCGACGGCGAAUAAGGCGAUGUUGAAAUUGCAUGGGGAAGGCGAUCCUACGGGUAGAGGGGAGGCGUUCUCUUUUUUGAGAACUUCGAUGAAGGACAUUUUUUUGAGGGCCGGUGAAUUGAUGCAGGAACGCUUGGGUGGGUUGGUUUCACUAGAAGAAGAAGAAGAAGAGCGCAAACGUUUUUCGUCAUCGUUUUUUUUGUGUCGGGGAGGAAUGCUAGACUGACACCCAACCCCGUGUGUUGAACUCUCACUCACAGCGCAAAUGGAAUCCCGACCUAAAUCUGCACAUCGGUACAACGUCCAAGAACAACAAGACGUUUACAAGGAAGAGAUCGCGCGCAUUUGGAAAGCGCAAUGGGAUUCGCUUCGAAACCCCAUCGAACCCGAGUUAACGGCGGAGGAUGAAGAACGAGCUAGAGGUGCGGCGGCCACGGCUGCUGCGAAUGAGAAGAUGGUCAAGAUUCGACAGAGGCAGGAAAGACAUGGUACGAUCUCGUUGUUGGAUCAUGGAACGCCUGCACCGGCAACUCCUGGACCUGGUGGUGGAAGUCGAGCGAGUUCGCCGGCCGAAUCCGUCGGUUCCGGAGCGGGGGGUGAGAAACAAGCCAAGACGUUGAGGAUCAAGAGGUUGAUCGAAGGAAAGUGGGAGACGGAGAUCGUGAGGGACCCGACGAUCAUUAGUGCGUAUGUAAGGCAGAGGAAGACGAUUGAGGAGGAAAAGACCGAGGCGGAUGAUUUGUUGCCGUCGGAUGACGAGGGCAAGAAUGAGAGGGCGAGGAAGAGGUGCGUUCGGGAUUUACUUUCUGGCUGGGUCAGCUCGGAAACGAACUAAUCUUAAAUUUCAUGAAUUGUGUUUAACAGGCUCAAGGAGCAACUCGAGAAGCUCAAACGCAAUCAAGAACGCCGUCUUGCACGCAAAUCCGCCAAACUCGGCGUCCCCAUCAGCCAAGUCAACGUCGGUGGAAAGGGAUAUGUCAAGACCGAAACCACUCGAAUCUGCGGCAACUGCGGCCAGAGGGGACAUAUGAAAACGUCAAAGAAGUUGUGUCCGAGGUGGCACGAAUUCAAUGCCCCCAAGGGUCCGGAACCUUCUUCGACUUUGGGAUCGGGUUUUGGUGGUGGUUUGGCACUACCUUCCCUCGGUGGAGGGGGUGGUCCGAGUGGUCCCAACAAAGCAGGUGGGAAAGCGGGCUCACCACCACCAACACAAGUUGGUACACCUUCAGUAUCGACACCGACAGCCUCGGGAUCCUCUAAAGCGACGCUCAAAUUCAAGCUGUCGACGAAUAACGCGGGGUCGGCUUCUUCGCCUCCGGCUGCUGCGCCGGCGACGCCGAGUGGGGAUGCGCCGAUGGGGGAAGUGGAGCAUUUUUGA